UCUUCGUUGGAUUCUUCGCGUUCGAGCCUAAGAAUAGAUUCUUCUUCAGUUCUGAAUUUCUCUCGAAAAGGUGCGAGCUUUUUCUUCGGAAAGCUCGCCUGGAACCCUAGAAGAUGAUCAUGGAUCCCCCGAUUCCCAAGCUUCAUCUCGUUGUCGGCUUCGCGAUCGUCGCCACCCUCCUCUUCUUCUCCUCCCCUGUCAGAUCGGAGCCGCAGAUCUCUGGUUCGGCCAUCAGGUUGCCCUCUGAGGGGAGCGAUCGCGGAGGCCUCUGUUCCGGGUCGGCCCGACCCGGUUCGUGCCCGGUCAAGUGCUUUCGUGCCGACCCAGUCUGCGGCGUGGACGGGGUGACCUACUGGUGCGGCUGCGCGGACGCCGCGUGCUCCGGCGUGGAAGUCGCGAAAUUAGGCUACUGUGAGGUCGGGAAUGGCGGCUCGGGCCCGUUGUCGGGUCAGGCGCUGCUUUUGGUCCACAUUGUUUGGUUGAUUGUGCUAGGGUUCUCGGUUCUUUUCGGGCUUUUCUGAACAUAACGGGAGAGGCGAGUUGAAUUUUUCGUUUUUAUUUUCUCUCUUUCUGGGGUGCUUUUGGUGUAUGUAAGAGUUGGAUGAUUCCACGGGCGUUAAUUCUUUUGGUCAUAUCAAUCAUUGAUGAUAUAUCGAUUCA